UAACCACCACUACUACCACUACUACUAACCACCACUACCACCACCACUACUACCACCACCACUACCAACCACCACUACUACCAACCACCACCACAACUAGCCACAACCAACGACCAUGGCCGAUCGCACCCCGCUGAGCGCCUCCACGAAGCUGUGCUACGCCGUGGGGCACGUGCUCAACGACCUGUGCGCGUCCAUGUGGUUCACCUACCUCCUCGUCUACUUCCACAACGUGCUGCGCUUCAGCAACGCGUCCGCGGGCGUCGUGCUCGCCGUGGGCCAGGCGGCCGACGGCCUCUGCACGCCGCUCAUCGGCUACGAGUCGGACCGCUCGCUCGCAGCCUGCGCCUACGGCCGCCGCAAGACGUGGCACCUUGUGGGCACGGUCAGUGUGCUCGUGUCCUUCCCCUUCAUCUACCUGCACUGCCUCGGCUGCUCGGAGUUCACCCCCGAGUACGCCCAGCUGCUCUACUUCCUGCCGCUCGUCAUCAUCUUCCAGUUCGGCUGGGCGGCCACGCAGAUCUCGCACCUCUCCAUCAUCCCUGAGCUCGCCACCAACGAUGGCGAGAAGGUGGAGCUCACCGCGUACAGGUACGCGUUCACGGUAUGCGCCAACAUCCUGGUGUUCGGCAUCGCUUGGCUGCUCUUCCACUUCCAGGCCAACAAGGAGGACCUGGGCGCCGACCUUGGCCCCGAGGACGGUGCCAUCUUCAGGAACCUCGUUCUCAUCGUCGUGGCGAUUGGCGCCGUCUUCUCGCUCGUCUUCCACCUGGGGACCAAGGAGCAGCCGCCCCGCGGCGACGGGGAGGGCGAGCGGCCCGAUGAGGCGACCCCGCUCAUCCAGGGUGGCGUCGUGCGCUCCACCAUGCGCAUGAAGUGGAGCGAUUGGCUGAAGGAGCCAUCCUUCCACCAGCUGGCGCUGUUGUACAUGUGCACGAGGCUCAUCGUGAACCUGUCGCAGGCCUACAUCCCCAUGUACCUCACCGAGAGCCUGGAGCUCGACAAGAAUUACAUCGCCACGAUCCCGCUGGUGAUGUACGUGAGCGGCUUCCUCUCCUCCUUCCUCAUGAAGCCCAUCAAUCGAAUCGCCGGCAGAAACAUGACCUAUUUCCUGGGCCUGGUGCUGGUGCUGGUGUUUGCCGACUGGGUGUGGUUGGGCGUGGGGGGCAAUGCCGUCUAUGGGGCGGCCGUGCUGCUUGGAGUAGGGGGCUCCACCAUCCUCGUCACCUCCUUGUCGAUGACGGCCGACCUCAUCGGGCCCAACACGGAAAGCGGCGCAUUUGUGUACGGAGCCAUGAGCUUCACAGACAAGGUGUCCAACGGCCUCGGAGUGCUGCUCAUACAGAACCUGCAUCCUUGCAAAGACGUGCCGUGCUGCGACCAGUGCAAGCCGUUCUACCGCACCAUCAUGGUGGCGGUGCCGGGCGGCGUCGCCGUGCUGGCGCUCAUCGGCCUCGCCCUCAUCGUCGCCAUUCCCAUCCGCGUGCGCAAAGGCUGCACGCCCCCCAUGCUGGAGAACGGCUCCGUCAACGUCCCCACGGAGACCGGCGGGGGCAGCGGUGACGAUUCUCAAUGACCCCCCCCCCAACUCCUUUCCCGUGACCACAAUCCCGCCCCCCCUCCUCCCACCUCAACCCCAUCCUGUCCCUCUCUGGGUAGGAGUGCAAGAGACUUGAGCCCGUGUCACUGGGACCAUAUGGACUAACAGGGACUAACAGGGACUCGGUGGGGACUCACUGGAAUUGAGUGGAACUCACCAGGACGCGCUGCGUGCAUCAGGACUGCAACUGUUACUGGGGAUCCGAGCGUCCACUUCAGCUCGUGGGGUCAGAGGUUGCCCAGGGAAGGUGAACCCUGACCCAGUUAGCUUAACUCCCCAUGCACCACCACACCGUAGGUGUAUGCACGUUGAACUUAUCACCGUACGUAGCCAGCCGCGCUAAUCGGAGGUGGUGGAGUGCCAAACUGGUUGGUGGUGGUGGUGGUGGAGCGCCAGGUGGUGGAUCUGUUCGCCGUCAGGAACCACUGCGCUGACCGCGGCGCUCGUCCUUAAGAAGAGGGGAACCGAGUCUGUAAAUUGUCGUGCCCUGGCUCUCCUCCGAGGUUCUGCCGCCCGUCGCUCCUCGAUCGUGGGGCGCGUGGGCGGCGUCGCGAUUUCUUGUUAAGGGACCUCCGCCCCCCCCUCUGCCCCCCCCUCUGCCCCUUAAUGAAGCUCGGUUGGGCGGGGGGGCCUCGUGAUGGGCGGUGGCGCUGCGCGUUUGCACAUUGUGAUUUGAGGUUGUUGUAAUAAAGGUGUCUGCACGUGC